CACAACUUCCGGUUUCUACACUCUCUUUGGCUUUUGGCGUUCGUUGCUAGGCUUACCAAGUGGUCUCCGGUGUGACUGUACAAGUACAAGUGCACUUCUAUGUAAUUAAACUCAGUUUGCCCAAGUUUCUUCAUUUUUCGAAGUAUUGAGUUCAGACUGGAAAACUGCACACUGAUAGCUGUCACUCAAGGUGCUUUCACUCAGCAGUGCCCAUUAUGUUGUUGAUCGUUGGUCCCUCUGGUGUUGGAAAGACCUUGCUUUUGAAGAGGUUGCAAGCAAACACUAACAAUGCAACAAUCUCAAAAGAAGAUGUGCCUGCAACGAUUGCUACUGUUGGAACGAAUCUUAUGACUGUCAUGACAUUGAAGAAGACUGAAGUGACAGUGAGAGAAAUGGGUGGAGCAAUGGCACCGAUCUGGCACAAAUACUACAAGGACUCACAUGCUAUUAUGUUCAUGAUUGACCUGUCCAAGCAUGUGCAAGUGUCUAUUGCUGCUGUCCAGCUUAUGACUCUACUGUCGCACCCUAGUACACAGGACGUGCCAUUUCUCAUUAUUCUCAAUAAAAGAGAUUUGUCCAACAGCAUGAGUAGUGUGGAGGUGGAGUGUCUAUUUCGUCUGGAAGAGCUGAUCCACCACGCUUCACAGAAGAUUCAAGUUGUGGAGACUAGUGCGAAGACUGGCUAUCAACUGGAGGAAGUUGCCAAGUGGCUGCAUGAAUAUCAUCGGAAUGAGGAGACUGGAACGUCCUGACAAACAGGUCAAUAUGGUGCUCUGUUUCUCCAAAUCUCUGAUGGUUGUCUCUAUGAGAACUCACGAGCAGCUACACCUAUUCAGAGAAGAAAUACCUUCUCAGAGAGUCAAAUUGAACAUGGGUGGAGUCGUGUAAAAUCUAUUGUGGCAAUCACUGCAGGCCUAGGUGUUCAUGACUGUUUAAAACGUAUUAGCGUGACGAAGUAACCAAUGUUUUGUCAUUGUUGCUGUUAAUUCUGUGGCUCUGAGGCUCAUGCCCAUCGAUCCAGUGUCAUGUUGUACAAGUUGAAAGUCCCUAUUGGUUAGUUCCUUCUUCCAUGUGGGGUAAUGUUUAAGUCGGUGUUGGGAGAAAGAGGAUAAUGCUGAAAUUCCUCUAGCCUAUGGUGUUGGAGGAGCAGGUAUUAAAACCAACAGAUACAGAAUCUGUGAAAAAUCAAAAUCUUUGAGGUACUUAUGUUUUAACUGCCUUGUAUUUUGCGCCCUGUUAAUCACUGUUGUUGCUUUUUGAGCGAAGUCUAUAAUACUCUAUUCAAAAUGAGAAAAAGUAUCUUGUGAUUGUACUGACUGUUUCGUUUCAAUUACCCUCUCUCCCCAGCGAUGACUGCACCAUGUUUCAAUGACCUUGUCUCUAUCAACCAUUGACUGUGCUUACUGUAUUGUUUCACUGACUGUGUCACUUCCCGGCAUGGAUUUUACUGAUUGUUCCUUUCUCACCACCAGAUAUCAAAAUGUAAUCGAAUCAGUGUUGGUAUCGGUAUUGUUGCUUAGGUUUUUUUCUAACAGUUAUGUUUGAUUCAUUAGCCUCAGUAAGCUCGUGGUACACUUCAGGGGCAGCUCGUGGGUCUAAAAAGUCGACAUGCACAAUUAAGUUAUCGCAGGUUGAAGGCAGUCAAGGGCAUGGUAAAUGGGAUGUAUUCUUCAUCCUACCUGUAUGGCGAAAAUCCACUUGAAGAAGAAAACUAUGUUUCGUUCUUUUGCUGCAGCAAAGGUGUCCAUUAUUCUGUUUAAAUUGGGGAUUCUGUCCAUGAUAUCCUUGUAGAUUGACAUAACCAUUAGAGUAUUGUCCCAUUGAAGAACGGGAGCAUAUCUGUAUAUGUUGCUUCCUUUUUAUUAGACGUCUAAAAGUUACAGUAGCUCUAACAGGGAUUGGUGACAACAACUGUGUAGUAGUUAACCACUCGAGUGCUUAGUUAAAAUCACUGUGUGUAUUCAGAUUUAGAGAUAAAAAUGUUUUUUUUAAUGGAUUAGCACUAUAUUCAGAAAUAAUUUCAUUACAGCAAAACUAUUGGAGAUAACCCCAUAAAAGUCGGUAUUAUUUUGAAAGAUCCUUGAAUGAGGAACAUUUUCAUGCCAUUUGUGUGGGGUUUUGACCAGAAAUUAUGGGAUUUCAAGCUUACAAAAAAACCAAUAACGUUGUUAUUUCCCCGUGGAUAUUGAAUCUGAAAAAAGUUUUAUUUCAGUACUAAAGAUGUUUAAUAUUGAGAAAAAAUGUCUUUCUUACCUAGUCAAGGAGAUUCCUAGCCUUGUGGUAGGGUAAAAAAACACUUAGGGCACAGCGUCACCUGACAAUGUUCACAUUGCCAGACUGGGUUUUUUUCUUUUGGGUGGAUGUUCCUGCAUCUUCUCCUCUUUCUUCCUCCAAUCUUUGACAGCUUGCGAUUGGAAAAUUGGAAAGACCUGUUGCUUAAGAAUGUUCAGGAGGUAAGAAUUCCGUUUGAGAUGGUGGCUCUGGUGUCACUCGAGCUCCUUCGAUUUCGCUGCUUUUUACCCGGUUGCCAAUUCCCCAUAGGGAUUGAACCAGCUCAAUCCUGAAACCAGUCAACUCUCUUUGAUCACAUUUUACAUGACUAAAAAACUGCAUAAACA